GAACUAGCGCGUCACCAGUCACCACCACCUCUCGUCCCUCCCACGCGCCGCCCCUUCCUCCCGCACGCUGCCGCGCCAUCCUCCAACCCCAGCGCGCCGCCGCGCCGCCCCUCCCACCCCAGCGCGCCACCGCGCUGCCACCCCCAUCCCAAGGCGCCGCCGCGUCCACAUCUCCGAAACUCGCGCACUUUUACCGCCGGGCCACGAACUGGGCACCUCCCUCUUCACCGCGCCGGCGGUCGCCUUCCCCAAUGCGCGCCGGCAGCCUGCCUUCCCCGCGCCGGCGGACUCCCUCCCAACGCGUGCCGACAGCCUUCCUUCCCCGCGCCGGCGGCCUCCCUCCCAUCGCGUGCCAACGGCCACCCUUCCCAGCGCCGGCGGCGUCCCUCCCAAAGCACGCCGGCACCUCCGUUCCCCGUGCCGGCGGGGGGCAGCUUCCCUCCGAACGCGUGGCGCAUUUUCCUCCAAUGGAUGUGCACAACUCGUGGCGCUACCUCCUGGUCAGCUGGUUCCCGUCGGCCUCCUCGCCGCAACCGGACAAAUCCUCCAGCGGGACCUCGGACGGCCCGACGCACUCCCUCGAACUGUCGCGCGUCCUCCCUCGAACGGCCGGACUCGUUUACCUCCUCCAAUAUGCGCAGGUUUUGAUUUCAGAGAAGUCGCAGAACACAAAGGAAAGAAGAGCCAUGUUUUCUAUUGUUGUUAUUUUGUUGCCCUCAUGGUGUUUACUGAAAUGCCUACAACAACUUAAGGUGUUCUCGUCAGGUCGCGGCCUCUUCCGCCGUCAGGUCACAGCCUCUUCCGCCGUCAGAUCGCAGCCUCUUCCUUCUGCACGUCGCCACCUCCUGCUGCUGCAGGCCGUGCCCCAUCCCCUAUUCUCGCGUGGUCGCCAACGAGGAGGUGACCAAUUGUUGAUCCUGAAGUUUCAUCACAUGAUUUUUUGUCUCUGAAUUUUGCACCAAUUCUUGAUCCUGAAGCAUCAAUGCUUGAGCACUGAUUUUUGUGUGUUAGUUCAAAUUUUGCGUCAAGCAGUUCGACAAGGGCGCGUCCCUUAGUACUACGAUGACGAGGCAGACAGCCGCCCUCUUUGUGACCUGCUGCUAUUCCCCAUCUUGCACUGGCGGACUGAUGAUGCGGGAGCUGCCCUCUUCGCUACAACCCCAUGUGGAUCUCUCUCUUUCUCCUCUCUUAAAUUCGUUGAAAAAGUUGGUUGCUUGUUCUUGUUGUGUCGUGAAUACCCUCAAGUUGUUUGAUAUUAUUCCUAUGAGAAAACUGAUCCAUAGCAGUUUUUGUUCCAGAGCUGUUCAAAGUUCAGACUUACGUUUUGUGAAGGCAAGGACAAGGAGAAGCCUAUGGAUAACAGUUCGUGUGGAGCUUGGCCAGUUCCUCUGUUCAUGUGUGAGCUUGCUCAGUUUGUCCAUUUAUCUCUGUUCAGUUCAUGUAGAGGAUCCCUCGAAUUCACCUCCUCUCGUUCUUUAUCACAAAUGAUUUUCGCUAUCCGCAGCAAAUUACAGUAUGAGAGUGGGAGUUUUAUAUUGUACUCUCUGCCUGCACAAUGCAUUUUGUAGUGUUGGUAGUUGUAGAGAUUUGUUUGUGUUAAAAAAUGGUUUUAUGUAUUUUGUAGUGUCGGUACUUAAGUAGAACAUUAGUUCAAAUCUUCAAAUUUUAUAUAGUUCAAGUACAUAAGGAACAUAAGGAACUUUAGUUAGUUUCUUGAAUUUCGACUCCUUCAGUUUUUGUUCUUAACCAGUUUUUGUUCAAGUAUAUUAGGACUGACGCCAUUAGUUUAAAAAAGGAGCUUCAGUAGAUGUGGAGAUUGGUAAAAUCUAAAGUUCAACUAUUCUGAUGGGGCACUUCAUAAAGCAAAGAAAAAAGAAAGCAGAGCAAAAGUGAAGAAAAAGAAAAAGAAAACCAAAGUGGUCCUGAGAAGAAAAUGCCUACUGUCCAGUAAUACAUUCUCUCGUUAGUCUAUGUUUAUUUGUCGUGAGAAUAAAAAAACAGUGGUACAAUACAUAUUACGUGAGCUGUUCAUAUAAAAAAAUGCCUCGGUUUGUGUAACAUCAGUUCUAACUUUUAUAGCUUGAUAAAUGAUUAGAAGUCAAUCUGAAUUCAUUUUGAUCCAUUCUCUUGUAUUUUAGGCUGAACUCCAAUACUUGCAUCCGCCACCCCAACGCCGGCGUGCUCCCUCAGUCCUCUCUCGACAAAUCCAACAGUACAGGUUCUCCGGUGCGCCAAGUAUUGCCUGCGGCGAUGCCUACAUCAUGGCCCAUUGAGGAGAUCUUGUGUAUUCGACAUAGAAGAAAUAUUGUCAGUUCAUGAAUAGAGAAUUUCUGUACCAGACUUAAUAUUAGUUCAGUGCGUAUUCUAUCUUCAGUCCAAGAAAAAUCACAGAAUAGUUGGUGCGUGUGCACAAAUAUCGUCAGUGCAAGUUUCAAAAUUCUGUAACUUUAGAUAUAUCACCUGAAAAAGUAAUGAUUUGCAGCGAGUUUCUUCAAAA